AUGGAUUUAGCCAAAGCCCAAGCAGAAAGUAUGUCUCGCGACCAGCAUAGAUCACAUCAUGGAUCACAUGAGCAUGUAGAUAAAAUUCACAGACGACCAACGACGACGUCAAAGCCGAAUCCGUCUGAGCGAAAUACACAUACAACCACACAUCGCCAAGAAAACUCAAGUCAGAUACGUAGGGCAUCUUCUUGCAGAAAUUGUGGUGGACCGUAUCCACACCAGAACGGUCGCUGCCCGGCAAUCGGAUCUAAGUGUAACUACUGUCACAAGGAUAACCACUUCAUUGCAGUGUGCAGAAAAAGGCUACAAUCAGGCCAACGACAAGUGCGGGAGAUUAACGCAGAGCUGGAUUCCGAGUCCCUGGGCCGAGACUCGAACUCGGAAGAGGAGUACCUAUACGGAUUAUCUGUAAACGCUAUCGGCAAUAAAAAGGUACCACUCAUAAAACUUACAAUACAAGGUGUUAAAACAAAUGUACUGGUAGAUACCGGAAGUAGCAUCAAUGUGGUGUCCGAGUCAAUUCUGUCAAAAAUGACACCGCGUCCGAAACCCCGAAAAGCUCAAAUAAAAGCAUACGCAUUCGGUCAAAAUAUAUCUCUGCCGGUUCAGAACACAUACACACUCACCAUCGAGUCAGACAAGAAAUUCGCGACAGCAGUGUUCCAUACCAUAAAAGACACAUCAGAAACUUUAAUAAGCUAUGAAACAGCCGUCGAACUCGACAAACAAAUAAAAUUCCAUAUCGACGAAAAUGUUGUGCCGUCAAGCCAGCCGGCUAGACGGAUCCCGUUUCACGUUCGUGAGCAAGUCGAACAAGAGCUCAAUCGGUUAGAGGAGCUGGACGUCAUCGAGAAAGUCAACGGACCAACGCCGUGGGUGUCAAACCUAGUGGUAGCUCCAAAGCCGAAUGCACCCAAGGAAAUUCGUCUAUGUGUCGACAUGCGCAAAGCCAAUCUUGCACUUAAACGAGAACGUCAUGUGACGCCAUUUUUCGACGACAUAGUAUCAGAAUUAAACGGCUCAACGGUGUUCUCUAAGGUGGAUCUGUACAAGGGAUUCCACCAGCUGGAUCUCUCCGAAGAAUCAAGAAAUAUGACAGUGUUUGCUAGCCAUGUAGGCCUACGGCACUACAAACGUCUCAGCUUUGGAGUAAGCAUUGCGCCAGAAAUAUUUCAAAACGAAAUCCGACAGGCUCUACAAGGUUUGAAGAAAACGUUAAAUAUCAGUGACUACAUAAUCGUGCACGGCAAAACACGACAAGAACACGACACAAAUCUGGAAGCGCUUCUGCAAAGAUUGCAGGAGAAGGGUCUCACCCUCAAUAGACGAAAUAUCCGCGAUUACUCAACAAUAUCCGAACCGUUAAGACGCCUCACUCAAGAUAAGGUCGCGUUUGAGUGGACAAAUAAGCAAGAGACCGCGUUUAGACAGCUCCAAAACGCACUAUCAAGUGAUCAAGUCAUAACAUACUUCGAUCCUUCUAACGACACAGAAUUAUGGGUAUACGCCAGUCCUGUCGGUGUUUCUGGAAUACUAAUUCAGGACAGUAAGAUAAUUGCAUACGGAAGUAGGUCACUCACCCCAGUCGAACAGCGCUACAGUCAAACAGAACGAGAAGCUCUCGCCUGUGUUUGGGGAUGCCAACAUUUUCAUUUAUACUUGUUUGGCAAAGCAUUUACCUUGAUCAGCGAUCAUCGGUGUCUGGAGUCCAUUUUUAACAACACAAAGCAGAUCCAGUCAGCCCGUCUUGAACGAUGGCGUUUAAGAUUGACCACAUACAAUUUCAAAGUGAAGUACCGUGCUGGAAACCAAGUGAUCGCCGACUACUGCUCCAGACAUCCGAUUCAAAAAUUCAAAGCAGACAACGUAGCAGAAGAAUACGUUAAUUUCCUCGCGAGCAAUUCAGUGCCAAAAUCGUUAACCCUCUCAGAGGUCGCGCGUGCCACCCAGACAGACUGUGUGAUUCAGUGUGUAAUUCAAGCUGUUAAAUACAACACUUGGGACAAACAAAAUUGCUCGCAGCCAGACAGUUAUUGCCGUUAUCUAAACGUUCGCGAAGAACUGACCGUGGUAUCACUCUCAGAUGGACAUAUUUUAUUGCGUGGCACCCGAUUGUGUAUCCCAGAAUCAUUGCAGCAUAAGGCCAUUAACCUGGCACACGAGGGUCACCAGGGUCGAAUCCGUUGUAAAUCAUUGCUGCGUGAAACCUGUUGGUUCCCAUUCAUGGACAAACUCAUAGACGACAAAUGCAAACAGUGUAUACCCUGCAUGUCCGCAUCAGACGAAACAGUACAAGAACCAGUUAAGCCAAGCCCGUUGCCUAAGCGUCAGUGGGAUGAAAUUUCGGUUGAUUUCUGUGGCCCAAUGCCUUCUGGAAGCACCCCGCACCCAAGCACAGGAGUUUCACCAUUUGAACUAAUGUUCAACCGCAAAAUGAAAACAAAACAUCCGAAAGUCAAGCAGAAAAACAAAUACUACGCCGAUAAACGGAAUAAAUCAAAAGCACCUGCUUUACGGCCAGGAGACAAAGUUCUGGUCAAACAGCAGGUGCGAAACAAACUCGAUACACCGUUUUCGCCAGUUCCCGGAAGUGUCGUGUCGCGCAAGAAUUCUAUUAUUACGGUUCGACAUAAGGAUCGAAUCCUUACACGCGACGCCUCUCACCUCAAGCCUGUGCUGGCUUUACCGCCAUCUCACGAUGACAUCGUACGCCAGGAAAUAGCCGUCCAUCAACCCGUACAACAACCGCUCAGACGUUCGAGUCGUGAAAGAAAGCCGCCGCGAAAAUACGACAAUGACUAA